AGCACCAGCAGACAUUUUUGAAUCAGCUGAGAGAAAUUACUGGGAUCAACGAUGCCCAGAUACUACAGCAAGCUUGGAAGCAAUGGAAACUUGGAGUUGGCAGUGGCUUUCCUCACUGCGAAGAAUGCCAAGACCCCUCAGCAGGAGGAGACAACUUACUACCAAACCGUGCUUCCUGGCAGUGAUAGAUACAUCAGUGUGGGAAGCCAAGCAGAUGCGAGAAAGAAACAGUAUAUGCCCACCAGAACGAGAUGUGCUACAAUUGAGCAAUCAAAGAAUGGAUCAAAAGAUAAGAGGGAUUUGGAUGUGAUUGAUCUCACUGGAGAUGAUAAAGAUGAUCUUCAGAGAGCAAUUGCCUUGAGUUUGGAGGAAUCAAACAGGGCGUUCAGGGAGACUGGAAUGACUGAUGAGGAGCAAGCCAUUAGCAG